UUUUCUCGGAUUUUGUCUCAACAGCAGAAAAUACUCUGGAGAUUAUUGUUGUUCAGUAGCUGCACGAAUUUUCCAGCGAAUAAAAUAAUUACGAAUGAUUCAAUCAUGUCGAGACAUAUUCGAAACAAUUCAGAAUGGUUGGAGUGGGAGGAUUGGGAACAGGAUCAUCUGGGAGUGACCGAAAAUGCUGUUUUUCCAGAACACAUCAAUAAAGAGAAUUAUCAGCCACGCACGUUAGUCGAUCAGACUCUGGAGACAGUGGAUCCAAUUCCAAACAUUCACACUCUUUUUGUUCAGUUCAAUGCGAAAUUUUUUCGCAAUGUUCUGCUACCAGUCGAGGUGAAAUGGAGUCCUCGUAUGACCUCAUGUGCAGGUGUCUGCACGUUUAGAUCACGUAACAGGCAGUGUGUAAUAUCCCUGAGUGCUCCGCUGUUGAAACUGCGCCCGAGAAAAGACCUGGUGGAGACUCUCCUCCACGAGAUGAUACACGCUUACCUCUUCCUCACGAAUAAUAAUCGUGACAGGGACGGCCAUGGCCCUGAAUUCUGCAAACACAUGAGGAGAAUCAACGCAGAGGCUGGAACCAACAUAACGAUCUACCACAAUUUCCACGAUGAGGUGAAACUGUACCAGCAGCACUGGUGGAAGUGCAAUGGUCCCUGCAAAAAUCGAGCCCCCUAUUUUGGGACCGUGAGACGAGCUAUGAAUCGACCACCAGGUCCUUCAGACUGUUGGUACGAAGCGCAUCGCCGAACGUGUGGAGGGACUUUCGUAAAAAUUCGAGAACCAGAUAAACCGAACUCUAAGAAUUCAGGUGGAAGGAAGCCUCGAAAGAAGUCGGAGCCUAAUCAAACCCUGGACACGUGGCUGAGUCCCCCUCGGGAGCAGAAACCUGUGCCCCAGGGUCUUGUAAAAUUGGGAACUUCUGCCAACAAUGUUCAUGGAUUUGGAACAGGGGGACCUGGUUCGAGUCAAGUUAAAAAAAAUGAUAAUUUCGGAUCCUCAGGCUCGAUAAAAUUGGGGACCAGUGCGAAUAACGUUCGAGGAUGGGGGACAGGAGGCCCCGCAGGCUCAACCUCCAAAGGGAGCCCUCAGACCCCUUCUCAACCGAGGUACAAAAUUUCUGGAGUCCUCGGAGGAGGGAGUAAUUCUGGAAGAAGCUGUCUACUGGAUAAAUUCUCCACUCCCCCCAAGACCAAAGGCCCAGUAAUGGAUCUGACUACACCAGUCGCUAAAAAACCAAGGAUUGAGUCCAGCAAUCUCCAGGAGUGUCCAGUGUGUCACAUUAAAUUCCCAGAGGCCUCGAUAAAUACUCACCUUGAUGAGUGCCUCGAGAAAGGGAAUGCAGAUGCAGGGGCUGGUCCAUGUGAUGCUGGAGGACAGGAUCUGAUCGAGUGUCCUCUCUGCUUUGAUAAUAUUCCUGUUGAUGGCCUUCAGGAUCACGUGAAUCGAUGUAUCUUCGGUGGAAAUUCGAGGGCUGAGGAUAAACCUAAAACUCCUUCCAGGAAAAAUAAGUCCCAAAAUCCUGAAGUCAGGACAACCCCUCCCGACACAGGAGCUCACGACUGCCUCAUCUGCGGGACUCGAAUUACUCCAGAUAUGUCUUUACUAGAACACUUAGAUAUCUGUGUAAAAAUUCGUUACGGCGACGACACAGAUGACGACAUCUCCCCAGUGAAAAAUAGAAAAUCAAAACCGACUGAAUAUCCCUGCCCUGUCUGCAUGGAAAUGUAUUCUGCAGAGGUCAUGGAUGAUCACCUGAACGUCUGCAUCUAGUUGCUCAUUAGAAAAUCGUGUUCCUCGUACUUUUUGUAAGUUAUUGUUAUCACUAUUAUUAUUGUCUUCACUCCUGAACUUCUGAGUCACCCAAAGCGUGAUUGUUAUGUGACUCCUUAUUUAAAAAAACGAUCUUUAUUCCUGUA